UACAAAUGAGGAAGAACAUUUACACUACACCCUUAGCUCCCAUGAUUAGAGGAGAAAUCGAUUGCGAUGUUUCCCUGCCCAGUGCCCGGCAUCUUCGGCUUCACCAGAUUACAAUAGUUUAACUACCCUAAUACCCCAUUCUUAAACAAUAGACUCACUAUUAGAAUUGCAUAAUUCCGUUAACUACUCUAACACUUCCUACUUUCUCUAAAACAAUUGACUUUGUUAUAACACAGUCACACCACCACUACUACUACAGCUAGUCAUAUCACCAACAAAACGUAGGAUUCUUUUCGUAGACUCUUGACUUGCUAGAAAUAGCAGCUAAAUGCCAUUCAUCUCACGCUCUACCGUAUUAAAAAAAGAAGUCACAUUGUAAUGUAGUAACAGAUGCACUAAGUCUGAACUAAUGACAGAACAGUCACGGCUGGAACAUCUUUGAUUACAGCUCCGCUCUGUCAAGCUGACUCGGAGUUAAAGAACAUCAUUACCAUUUCGUGCCAACAAAGAAACCUUUAUGUUGUCACUCGACUUGCUAGAAAUGGCAGCCAGAUCUGUCUCGAAUUAUAUCCCGAAAUCUUAAAAAAACAAAAAACAAAACCCCAGAGACGUGUGUGUAUUGAGAAUAAUGUAAUUUUAGAUAUGUUAUAACUUAAAAGGUGCGACUGUCACGGUUGGAACGCAUUUUAUCCUUUGUUCAAUCAGUAUUGAUCUGACGUGAACAACAGCAAUGACAACUACAAUAUUGCCACUACCACAACUUUAGCUUUGUACUACUUCAUACAACAACACUAUACCACUGCAUCAUAGCUCUACGAUUCACUUGUCAGCCCCCACCAAUAUUUCCUAACACAAUAGACUCCAUAACAACGACAACUGCAACGAUCAAACAACUGCCCCGUUAUCACUACUAACAACAAAUAUCGGUCAAAUCUCCCUUAAUUUACACACUGUUUUCUUUGAAAAUAAGAAAGAACACAUUGGAUAACGAAAUCCGCUGUCUGAAAAAGAAAGAAAAAGUGAAAUGAUCACGAUUGGAAUGCUUUCGAUCAUAAGCCUACUCGAUCGGGUUUCGUCUUGUGUUAAACAAUAGCAAUAACAAAACGUCAGUAUAUUUAAAGUUCUUUGUUUACUCUGUUAUUCGCCACUAGUUUUACUAAAUAUAAAGGACUACCAAAAUAAUUCAAUAGUUGUGAAAGUUCUGUCGUUAUCCUGUCAUCCCCCAUCAAAUUCUCUAAACACAGCAGACUAUACCAUAACGACAGUUAUGGGGGAAGUUUCUUAUGUUUAGAUUCGAAAAUGUUUUAAUAAUCCUGUCAUCCCCAUUAACAUCUAUAAACGUAACGGACUCUGCCAAACCACUACUACAACAUAGUUGCAAAAGUUCUAUAAUAAUCUGUCACCCCUCCAUCAAGUUCUCUAAACGUUAUGGACUCUGCCCGUAACACAAAGAUAAUAUAGUUGCGAAAGUUCUAUAGUAAUAGUAAUAGUCAUUCUUCAUCUAUUUUUCUAAACGUUGUAGGCUCCACCAACACUACACUAUGAGACAACAUAGUUGCGAAAAGUCUAUAAUUAUCCCGUCACCCCACCUCGAUUUCUCUAAAUGUAAUGGACUCUGCCAGUACCACUAUGAUAAUAUAGUUGCGAAAGUUCUAUAAUAAUCCUGUCACUCCCCAUCAAUUUCUUCGAACGUCAUUGACUUCAUCAACACCACUGUGAUAGCAUAGUUGGAAAAGUUCUAUAGGUAGUAUCUGGUAAUUCCCACUUAAAUUUUCCAGAGUAGACUCCACCCCUACGACAAUAGUUACCAAAGUUCUAUAAAUAUUCUGUCAUCCCACAUCAAUUUCUCUAAACACAUUAGAAUUCACCAUCACCACUACUAUAACAGUGUAUCGUAACAAAAGUUUUCCAACUAUCCAAUCUAGCUACCCCCCCCCCACACACACAUACACACAUCAAGUUCUCUUAACACAAUAGACUCCACCGCCAUCCAUCGUCCCGGCUCCUCCACAACCUUCACAACAGCAAAGUCUCAACAAGUUCUUGCUAAAACAGGAAGCAACGAAGUGGCGGUGCUGAGAGGGUUGUUCUGUAGGAGGUUCAUCAGCUGCCCUCAUUGUUCUCACUCUUUCUUCCUUUCUCUCUCUAUGUGACUAAUAGAAAAUAACUGUAUAAAACAUAUACUGACUAAAUGUGUGUGUGUGUGUAUACACAUAUAUAUGUGUAUUCUUUGUAAUUCUACUUCGAGAGUUGGUACAGCACCAUAGUUUUGCUUUACACAGAAACACACCACAGACCUGUAUAUUAUAUAUCAAAAGUUUAUAUAUAUAUAUAUAUAUAUAUAUAUAUAUAAAGUUUUCUAUAUAAUAUCACAUCAUCUAUGUACGAAUUAUCAUAUAUUAUACAUUUUUUAAAAUUACAUAUAUAUAUAUAACCAUACUUCAAUAGUUUCUACAGUAGCAUUAUUUGUUACCCACAGACACAGGAUUGUGUGUGUGUGUGUCUGUGUCUGUUGGAAUGGAAGCAAGACAUCUAGUCUUACCAAAAUGGAUGUACAGCUAAAAGGAUGUCUAAUAUAAAAGUUGCUGUCAGAGUCAGGCCUCUCACCAAACGAGAAUUGGAACUUGGUUCUCAUGACAUUGUAGAAAUCUCUGGUGAUACAAUUAAUGUGACCAACACUAAGGUGGACAGCCAGCCAGAGUAUGGAGACAGUCGAGAAAGAGUUAAAACUUUCACAUUUGACUAUUGCUAUGACUCCUCAGGACCCCCAAGUAUGCCAGGAUAUGCUUCCCAACAGUUGGUGUUUCAAGAUCUGGGCACAGAGGUGCUGGAGGCUGCAUUUGAUGGCUACAAUGCCUGUAUGUUUGCCUAUGGGCAAACAAGUACUGGGAAAACCUAUACAAUGAUGGGUGAAGGGGAAGAGUAUGGUCUCAUCCCUCGGAUAUGUGAGGCUCUCUUCAGUCGGGUUGAUGACUUCAUUGAUGACAAUUUUACAUUUAAAGUAGACAUCAGCUACCUGGAGAUUUACAAUGAGAGAGUCAGAGACUUACUGCAAGCCCCACCAGUGAAACAAUCAGAGAAAUACACCCUGAAAGUUCGUGAACACCCCAAAGAUGGUCCUUAUGUUCAAGAUUUGUCCCGGCAUCUUAUUAAAGAUAACCAACAAAUUCAGUCUCUGAUUGAGAAAGCUAAUGAAAAUCGAACAACAUCAUCCACUCACAUGCAUCAACACAGCAGUCGAAGUCAUGCUAUUGUUACAGUCACAUUCACACAGGCAAGGUUGGAAGAUGAUUUACCAAGUGAGAUUGUUAGUAAAGUCCAUCUUGUGGAUCUUGCUGGCAGUGAACGAGCCUCAACUACACAGAAUCUGAACUAUAAAGACCGGUUGAAGGAAGGCGCUAACAUCAACAAGUCUUUAGUGACUCUUGGCAAUGUUAUUAAAUGUCUUGCGGAGAGGUCAAUGAUGUCGAUGAGUGCAGACAAUGCUGAGAGUUGGUCACAAGGUAGUUCAGAUUCUGUCAUGACCUCCAGUCUGGUGACCCCACGGCGUUCUCGGAGCCUCUAUGUACCCUAUCGUGAUUCUGUCCUCACCUGGCUUCUCAAAGACAGUUUAGGAGGAAACUCCAAGACGAUUAUGAUCUCAACUAUCAGUCCAGCCAGUGCUUACUACAACGAGACAGUCAGUACUCUGAGAUAUUCACAAAGAGCCAAAAGUAUCAUCAACAAACCUAAAAUUAAUGAGGACUCUAAUGUGACAUUAAUUAAAGAGCUGAGGAAAGAAAUUGAACAUCUGAGAGUGAUGCUGAUCUCAGCACAAACGCGGAAACCUGUCCCAGAACCAUGUCUUGGAGUGAGUGAUCUGAAAGACAAUGCAGUGUCACUACAGGAGUCCAGUGUGUUUCUGUGUGAGAAACUGGAGGAGAAUGUGGCUGCUGCCAAACAACUGACCAGACAUUGGAUUGAGAAGUGGCAAGAAACACAAGAUAUUUUAACAGAAUCUGAUCUAAGCAUUCGUCGACCUCUGGGUAAGAGAUCAAGUUCAAUGGGGGUCAUAGUUGACUCCCAGCAACCUCAUCUUCGUGGAAUGGAUGAUGACAUAUUGAAUACUGGAAUAGUUCUUUAUUACUUGAAGGAGGGGAAAACGUUAAUAGGAAGUGACCUGGCUGAUAGAGAACAGGACAUUGUUCUAACUGGCCAAGAUAUACAACCAGAACACUGCUUUAUCCAGUUUGUUGAUGGCACAGUUAUCCUUUACCCACGUCACAAUGCUCCGUGUGCCAUAAAUGGUGUUGAAGUAACACAACCCACAAAGUUAACUCAAGGAGACACAGUCAGGUUUGGUGAUAGUCUUCAGUUUCGCUUCAACAACCCUGCAGAAGCUGCCAAACUGAGAGAAUUUAUCAAGAACAAAAGCAGCAGUGAUUCUCUGGUGAUGGAGAAGGAUGUCCAAACGGAUCCCAAGAGUGGCUCUGCUAUUGAUGCUAUUCCAGAUGUACCACUAAUAAACAAAAGUUUACCUGUGGAACAGGAUCAGAGUGAAAAGAUUAGGAUCAAAGAUGCCAGGGUCCAGUUGCAGCGUGUGAAGGAUAAGCUUGAGAAAGCUGUGAACACAUACAACAAGGCAGUACAACAAAUGCAACAGAUACAGACAGUGCAAAAGGGCAAGCAAGACGAGCUGAUGCAGUAUCUGAAUGAUUUGGUUGCUAACUGCAAUCAGAUGCACAUGCAAGUUACUAAAGAGUUGUCCAAGAUGAAGAAUAAACAAGAUAAGGGAACUGAUACACAGGCCAAAUCCACUUCAACAGAUGAGAAAGGGUCACCAGACAAGGAUAGUGAAUCUCCCAAAUCGUCCCCCAAUUGCCGAGAAGAACCAUUAAAAGCUGCAAUAGAUGUAAACCCCCAGCUGCAAGAAUUGCAGAAGACUUGGCAUGCAUCUGAAGCUGAAGUCGCUGAGUAUGAGCAGAAGAUGAGGCUCCUAAAAGAAGAACACAACAAAGCAAUGAUGUUGAAGAGUCAGGAAGUGUCAUCACAACUUGAACGUAUCAACAUUCUGAAGAAACAGAAGGAAAAGCUGGAACAACUGAUUGAAGAGGUUGGACAUUUGAAGAGGGUCAGCAAGGACAAGCUGGCAUUAAUGCAUGGUGCCAACACAGAUGAAUCAGUUCAUUAUGAUGUACAUCUUGUAUCAUUGCUGCAAGACUCAGUGAAUAAACGUGACUGCUUGAGACAGGCUAACGAGACAUCUUUGCCCCAAGGUCAGAAGUUUACUGAAGAGGAAUUAAUGUCUAAACCUGUUGGCUAUCAUAACAGCAGUAGCUGUUCAAAAUCCCCACAGUCCAAGUCAGUGACAUCCAACCUCAAGUGUAAAAAGUCUGAAAGUAGUCAGUUAAAUAAAGACAAAUCUACUGCCAGAGCUAUCAAUAGGCCACAUAAUCAAACUCAGACUGUUUCCUCACCUUCAAGAAAUGGUAAAAUGUUGCCAGAAAAUAUUCAGUUCAAUGAAUCAGAGAAAAAUAUUGCAGAGGACCAUCUCAGUGAUUAUUCUGAUGAUUCUUUGGAUAAGACUAUUGAUGAGGUAAAUCCUGUCACUCAGACCUCAAAGACUGCAGAUUCUACCUCACAUGCAGGCUCUCAGGUAUCACAUCCCAACUCUGUUCAGAAAUGUGACAAAGAUUUUGAUGAUGUAAAGAAUGGUCAGACUCAGCCUAUGCAGUACGUCAAAGAGGAAUCUACCCAAGUUAUCUUCAAGGUGGGCACCAAAGUUUUGGCUGAGCCUUCAUCCAUGAAUAAAUCUGAAAGUGUUUCUCCAAAGUUGACAUCUGAUGCCUGUAACAGUAAAGUUAGUCCUGGUGGUGGGAGAGUUGGCGGUAAGAAUUCUGUGGACGAUUCUGGUUCAAAUACUCAAGCUACACUUGAUGGUCAGUGCUGCUCAGAUCAACCAUCGAAUCAAAACUCAACUGAAUGCCGUCAUACUCUGGCUCAUCCAACAGCUCAAGCUUCAGUUGAGUGCCACCAUUCUCCAGCUCAGUCAUCAAAUCUUAUAUCUCAGAUUCCAAAGAAGAUUCUUCAGUUGGGUGAUAUUCGCAAAGUUUGUACAAGCAAAAUUCCCACCAAGCGAGAUGCCAUCGAGAUGGACAACUUAAAACCAGGUAGUAUAAAUAAAGUGGCUAUUAAGCCUGAUAUUAAGGUGGAUAGCCUAAAGCCAGUGAGUGGUCAAUAUUGUGGUCAGUCAGUUGAAGAAACAUGUCCAGUGGUUGAAAUGGAAAUGGCUUCAUCUCCAGAUAAACCUGAAGCUAAAUCUCCUUCAGGUAGAAACACUCAAGAAACUCUCUUUCAGUUGGAUGAUAUUUAUGGGGAAAACAUAUCAUUAGGUUUAAAAGAUUCUCCUGAAUUCCCUUCGCACCAGUUAAUUAAUCCAGUGGUGGAAGGUUCUUGCCUAAACCCAGCCAAUUUUGCACAAAAUUCCAUCAGCUCUGAAAUCAAGGGAGCAAAACAACCAAGUAAUGUAAAAUCAGGCUGUUGUCAAAAUGAUCUAGACAAACAGGACUGUCUUGAAAAUGUUCCAAAAAGUGACUCAGAAGAAACUGUUGAAAUAAAACUUGGAAAUAAAGCAGUUUUUUGUAAAAUUUCUGAUAAGAAAUCUGUGAGGCCAGAAGGCAAAGCUCAGAACCAGUCAGAAGAAGUCUUUGAAAAUAGUUGCAUGUCUAACAGACUUUCUGAGUUUGUUCUCAGUGAAAUGAAAAAGAGACAGUCUUCAAAAGUAGACAGUGUUAAAAGCCAAAGUCCUCCUUGCAAAAGUCAACAGAGCCAAACUAAGUCAUCAAAUAUACCACACAUUGUUUCUUCUGAAAGAACUGAAAAUGUUAAAAAAGAUUUUGAUAAGAAUUUGACAGGAUCAAAAGAAUCUAUGGUUUCUGGAAAGAGUGAACAAACAGAUUUUGACUUAAUUGCUACAAAGAAUGCUGAACCAUUACAUGGAAGAGACUGCUCUGAGAUGAGAUUAAGGACCAAAAGUGAAAACUUACCUAGUAAAGUUGCUCUAAAUUCCAGAUUAGUCAAUGCACCAAGUGACCAAUCUUUAGUCACUCCUGAAGAAUCUUGUCUUGCAUCCAAUAGUUGUCAUCUGGAAGGUAAUCUAGGUGAGAACCAGGUAGACACUUGUCUUCCAGUCAGAAUAGCACCCGAGAACAAAGAUGUUGAAGCAAAAUGUAAACCUGUACCCAAUACAAAAUGUCAAAAAAAGCCCAUUGGCCAAUGUCUUUCAUCAUCAUCAUUAUCAUCACCAUCAAUGACCCAUCCUCUUCAAGAGUCAAAUGACUCGCCACUUGUUAGAAAUUCCAAACCCAUCAUUUCCACUCACAGCCAUGAGGAAAGAAGCAGUUACUUGGAUCAAGAUCCUGGUUCCAAUGUGUCUCUGCCAAAUAAAACAACCAAACUAUCACACUGUUCUGCCAGAACUGAGUUAGUGACAGAAUUCAGUGAUGACAAUGCUGGCAAAGCUUGUCCUCUCACAUACAUUGUGAAAGUCAGUGAGGAAGAGACUGAUGUGUUUUACAAUGUUGAGUCUACUGACUACAAAAUAUCCAAAAUCCGUAAAACUUUACCUGCCACCAAAGGUUUUGAUCAAAUUGAUUCUUUGAUCACUACAGAAUCAUUCUGUGCUGACAGUGCUGGUCUGGCCAAAGAAAAACCCUCAGGAGCAGCUUUUAAUCAUUCUUCCUCAAACUCAAACAUUCCAAGAUCAGAGACUAACUCAAAGAGUUCUUCAAAGUUGGCCAAAGAUUCACUGCUUCAUUCACUUGAUGUUGGAAAAACAGAGUUGGAAGACAAUCCAAGAUACAGCAUAGACAGAAAGGAAUCUCUAAUAUCUGGUUCCAGUUUUUGCAUUAGAGCAAGUCAUGACCAUUCUAAUGAAACGUGUCUUCUAAAAAGUAAGGGAACACUUGCAUCAGACAGUAGAAGUAUCUUACAUGAUGGCUGUCGGCAGUGUUUGCAAACAGGUACUGACUUGCAGGAAACUGUUGUAUUAAAUGGUAAAGUGAAGGAUUCUACCAAUACAAUUGAUGACUCUCACCAGAAGACUCCUACUGAUCACAACCAUUUGACUUGUAAUUCUUCAGUGGUUGGGUCACCAUCUUCAAGAUCAAGUAAUGGUGAGUGGGUCACUUGUAAUUUAGGAUUGUAUGGUCUGAGGAGAGAGACUAAACUGAAGAAUAUGACCAAAUGUAUGAGUGAUUCUGCAAUUAGUUCAGACCUUACAGAUGUAGAUUCUGGCACUCUUUCCCCACAGCCAUCAAAUAUUCCUAGUUGGCUCUGUAGUCACCAUCCUCAUCAUCAUUAUAACCAUCAUAACCAUCGGAAUUUUAACAGACUAUUUCAUCUGGAUCUACCUGAAGUGAAUAAAUCUACAUCAUGUGCCAAUAAUAACCCAAUGACACCAUCAAAACCAUUAGACUUAUUCCCUUGGUGUAAAUCUCCAAGUAGUUUUGUUGGAUCCCUGCUGAAAGUAAGACCAUAUAGUAUUGGACGAAGUAUUUCAGUUGAUGGCUUAAAUGUUUGGCUGUCCAAAGUAACCACCUCAGAUUUGCAGCCAACUUGUAAGAAUCAUAGUAAUGAUGAAAUGAUCUCUAAAUAUCCUGAACCUGGGAGAUUAAACCCAAGUAAAACUCUUGCAAAUACUCCCAUCCAAUCUGCUGAGUUGUGUAACCCCCACCAAGACUCAGCUGCAGAAAUACAUCCAGAAUUUGAGACUGUUGAUCCAGCUUUAACAGAGAUGAAACAGGAUUCUUACUCAUCCAGUGCAUCUUCAUCUCCGACUUCUGCUUCACUGUAUAUGGGGCAAUAUCAUACUGGUGGCAGUAUGGUGAACUUAUCCCAAGAAGAAUUUGAGAAAUUGGAGCGAGACUUGCCCUCUGAUAUAUCAUCACUUCAUUCUGGUUUCAGUGGUCGCCAUGGCAAUGAUAAUUGGCACCAUUCUGAUGUGAUAAAUGAGCCAGAUUUAAUUGGAAUUAAUGAUGACAAUGAUGGAUAUUUAUACUUCAAGUCAGAUGAUGAGGUAAGAGUUGAAAACUUUCAACCAAAGUUUUUGUCUCGUCCAACUAAGAUGGCAGGUCAGAAGUCUUCCCGGAUAAAAUUUGUUGAUGCAAAAGAACAAAACUUGCAACGAAGAUAUAAAUACCAUGCCCCAAAUAGUGGUUGGUCCUCAACAGAUGACAGUGCUGACACUACUUUUAGAUAUAUGAAGGCAACAGUUGUAAAGUCUAAAAAUAUCAAGGGAGUUGUUGGUCACAAUUCAAGUUUUAUAAAUGAUGACGAUGAUGAUGAUGAUGAAUCAGUAUUUGAAGAUAAUAUUUCACAAUAUCAUCAUUCAGGGAAGCGUAACCGAUUUCCAGUGCUUCCUCACUCCAAGUCAGCAUCCACUACAGAUUUACCUGCAGACUACCCAACAUCUCCCAGCAGUUAUCGGUCAGUAUCUCCAAGUCUUUCCUCUGAAAUAGCUAUUGAAGAUGAGAGAUCAAUGAAGUAUAAACCAAAAUUAAUAUCAGUUGGAAUCCAAACAAGCCAGAAUGAAUGUGCAACACAAACUGAAAACCAACCCAGCUUGGCUCCUGAUUUCACCAUUCCUUUGCAUGACCAAAUCUUGAAAGACUCACAAGCAUCCAAUCGCAUGCCAUUUCCAAUCCACAUCCCUCUUUUAAUUCCAGAGUCUGGCACAUUACAUUCAUUGCCUGCUCUCAUGUUAGAAACAACAAAUCUUUUAAAAAAUUUAACAAAGCAUUUGACUGUUGAUCCAUCAUUGCCAAGCCCUGCUUCUGAGUCCAGUGCAACAUCAUUUAAUAAUAAUAAUCUGAAAUGUAACACUUCAACACAAACAGAGUGUAAGCCCAAUGUGCCAAGUGCAGAAAUGUUUAUUAGUGCACCAGACAACAGCUACCCACAGUCUUAUCUCUCUGACAAAGAAAACCACUCCAGGGAAUAUUUUCCUAACAUGACCCAAGCACAGCAGAAUAUCGUUAACCAGGAGCAAAGGGCUUACACAAAUGGUAAUUAUUCUCAGCCAAGUGAACUCCAUAUAAAUAGGAGUGCCAACCCUAAUUCUUAUUCCUCACUACACCAGCAGAAGAAACGGUUAUAUCUGCCUUUGAAGCCAGACACAAGUACUCUGGGUUCGAAUUCUUCAACCCUGGAUGCCUUUAAAGGAGAUAUGUGUGACUCAUUCACCUACCACCCUCAGGGACAUCCCAACUACAGGGAAGAUUGUCAGGCUCCAGCUCAACAUUACCAUAGUUACAGAUAUCAAUCCAAUAGUCCCAGUGAACCAAAUGCAGCUCGUCAGCAUCAUAGGUCUCCUAAUGAUUUGAACCCUAACCUUGUUGGAUCAGCUCAACAUUUUCACUCGACCCCUUACAAGAAUGAUGUUGAUUUUAGUCGUCAGUUCAAGUUUAAUCAGUCAUCUCCUUUACCAAAUGGUAACUUUGAUAGGUCUUAUCACAGUAUGAAAUACACAACUCCUUCAGCCAAUAAGCGACCUUGGCAAGAUAUAAUCAAUUACUCAGAGUAUAACCUUGACUCCACUGUUCAUGAUAUCCAUGUCAAUCCCAACUGGCCACAUUCAAACUUUAGAAACCCUUCCCCAGGAGCUCAUGUUCCCUGUCAGGAUUUCUCUGGUCAUUCCUAUGGAAACAAUUACAUGAACCCUGAUGUAGCUAGCCAACAAGGUGCUGGACCUAGACAUCGCUUCCGGUCAAUGACAAUUGCUUCCAAUGACAUGUCCAGGGUCAGGCUCCCAUUAAAUAGACACAAUACUCUUCCUCGCAGUAGCCUGAGUCACUCCCCUAAUCAACCAUUUUUCCAGGAAAACACAGCUUGGGAACCACAACAACCACCAUUCCAACAAUAUGCCACCCUACCCAGAGGAUAUAAGUUUGGUUCUUCAAAUCUUUUAGAUUACAAUAAUGACCCAAGACAUGCCUUUGAUUAUCCUGACAAUCAGAAUAUGGAAGAUUAUUAUAAUGAGGAACUCAGCCUUUCUUUAAAACGGUCCGGUGUUACUGAUGAAUACCUUGAACUGUUAACUAAAUCUGUGAAGUCUUCCCCUACGGAACAACCUUCCAGUUCCAAUUCUAUUACAGACCGACCAAAGUAUAGGACACUUUCUAAUUUAACUUCACCUUCCGACAGACCACAACAAAACAGAUUUAACAAAAGUUUAACCCUUCCUACAUAUAAAUCAUCACAGUCAAAAUCCCCAAACACUCAAUUCACAUGUGAAGGCCUUGAGACUAAAUCAUUUUCUGAUGUGGCAAAUGAUAUUGGUGCCAGAGUGGAGUAUUAUGGUACUGAAAAGAGUAACGAUGGUAGUUCGAUGGUUGAUUGUAGCCAGAACAAUGAUAUUGAUACAGUGAUGAAACUGAAUCAACAGUAUUCAAAGAUGAUCUCAAAAGAGAAAUCUUCGGCCAAAAGUCAGCCAAAACAUUUGUCUCAACGUCAGAAGGAGAACCAAAGUCAGAAACAAGCUCUGGAGAAGAAAUUCAAGAAAUGGGAAGAGGAACAACUAGACAUAAUGGACAUGGUCAACCUGAAAUAUCUUCCUGUCAGUUUUACUGUAAAAUAUCUGGAAAAGAAAGUGAACCACUGUAUUGCACAGACUGACAUGCUGUUAGAUACCCUCGAUGAAGAUGAAGGUACAACCCCUACUGAAACUGAUGACCCAAAUAGCUCAGUAGCUGAGGAUCAAACUAAUGAAGACAGUUCUUCUAUCGUUAGUGGAUUCAGUUCGUCGAUGGAUCAACCUCAUUUACUGUGUCACCAAGACCAGGAGACAGUCAGUUCUGAUAGACAGAAUGAAAGUUUGAACAACUCAUCAGAACUGAGUCCAAACACAUGGCUGCAACUUCAGUCAUCCAUCCCAAACCUUCUCACUGAUGACUAUGCCACCAGCAAUGAAUCUGAAAAUCACACCCAGGUUGAUAGCUGUGAUGAUGUCAUUCAUACUGACUCAGAGAAUGAUAUUGAUACACGAACUUACACUCGCUACUCCCAGAGUUCGUUGACUAAUUUAUCAUUAAGUGGUUCUGAUCAAACUCUUCCUGAAUCUCAAUACCAUUCUGUGGAUGAGUCACACCUACAAGGUGUUGUCACCAUGUCAGCUGAAGUGUUUAAGGGCCAUCAAGCGAACAUGAAUGAGCUUUCAAUGAUCCAUAAUGGUCUCUCAGAAACGGAGGAAGGAAAAGGAAAUGGAUUCUGCCAAACUGAAGGGAACAGGAGAUUACCAAGAUAUUUCAAUAAACAGGUCAAUGACUGUAAUAAACAAAGUAACUCUUGUAGCAGUCUCAAUAAUACAGAUGCCCUGUCAAACAUGUCUCUCAGACUUCGCCAUGAGGAGUCUUUGAGGAGGAAUCGUACUGCUUUGAUCCCCACCAACUACCAAGGAAUGACACCAAUGCCACUUAUUUAUCGACAGAGAAGUUCUUCUACAGAUCACUGAAACCAGAGAUAGCAGUAACUGAGAUUGAAACCCUAUAGCCAUCUUACCCUUACCAUUAUUUAUUCUCUCCCCUACUCUGCAAAAAAAACACAUGAAGUUGGCUGGAAUUCAUUCUCCACUUAAAAUUGAUGCUGAUUUUUACUGAAUAUAUCUCUUUUUUCUUUCUUCUCAGUUAUCCAUCAUCAUCAACUUUCUCUUAUGUAUUUCCUUCUCUUUUUCUCUCAUACAACACAUUGCUCUCACUUCCCCUAUGAAUCACAUGUAUAACACAUCCUCACAUUUGUUUCCUCAGCCCCAUUUGUCCUUUCAUUAAUGGAGAGUGAACUGGGAGUAUCUACGGCUUGUGCCUUUGUCACCAUCACCACUAAACACAACCCACCAAGAAAUGUGCCAGGGGUGGAAUCUUCAUCUGAUAAAUGCUUCCCUAACUAAUCUGAGUGCUAAUCCUUAAUGCUCAUCCCUUACUGUAUUACAUAAGUUGUAUUAACUGAAUUAAGGGGAAUUCUUUAAGAUAUUUUUUAUCCACCCCACUUUGCUAUGGAUUUAUGUUACUCCUCGCUUUUUUUUUUCCAUAGGUUGACAAGAUUAAAUAUAUUUUAUUUUUUACAUGUAUUCCCAUUAAAUAUUUAAUUCCUAUUUUUGCUAUAUAUUUAUGUGAAGUCAGACGACUACACGAUAUUUAGUUUCAUACUUGCUAAAUUUCUAAAUUUACUUCUUGCCAGGGUCAACUUUUCAUCUCUUUGAAGUCAGUUUAACAUACCAGUGAUACAAUGGUGUUUGAUUUAGUCAAUUAUACAUCAGCUCUACUUUAAAUAAGAAUUAAUGUUUGGCUUAUUUAGUAUCCCUAAUUAAGGUUUUUUGAGAAAUUCAUAAAAUACAGGUUAUGAGCCCAGUGUCCAGCUCUUGGCUUAUCAAGAAACUGAGGCAGUUUCUAUGCAGUCAUUUGAUUUAUUGCAGCCAAAUUUUCCUCAAAUCAUACUGGAUAAUGUAGCUCUUACAGAUUUGGUCAAAUUAAAAUAAAAAGAAAGAAAAGAUGCUUUUGGCUGGGAUGCCGGUACAGAGUGGGUCUGGAGUUAAAACAAUAACUGGCCAACUAAAACAUAACACCUCCUCUAACUAAUACACAGUCUGCUCGGUCUCUCUUUGACUAUAACAGUUCCUGCUCCCAUUGAAUUGGCAACCAUUAUAGAACUGCCAGUGAAACAUACUUCCCAGCCACCUUGCUGUUGUCUCAGCUAUAAAACCAAAACAUUAUAUCCAUCAACUAGUCCUUUGAAAGGCCGACAUUUCCCCAUUAGACGUCAAUCCUGCCAGCCCUGGCAUGGCCUGCAAGGGCUAUGAACACUGCAUCCUUUCCUGGGGCUAAUAAACAUAAUAUAAACUAAAUCUCAAUUCCUCUCUAAUGGCUUUCAAUUUUUCACUAUUGUUUCUGUUAUCAAAGGAUUGCUAUUUCUGAUAUGUGGACCCUUUACAGAUCUGAAGGCUACACAGCCAGUGAUUAAAAAAUCCUUUUUCUUUGGCUGGUGUAAUUUACUGGCAUGAAAAACUGUAAAGUGAUCUAACAGGAAAAAGAUAUUCCCAUAAUUAAUAUAUAUUAGCAUUAAAAAAAAGUUAACAUUUACAUAUGUUAACUAGAAAUACACGUUAAGGAAAAAGAAAAAAAAAUAUAUAUAUAUAAGCCAAUACCUGCGAUAUCCCCAGAGUUCUCCCUUGUAAGCCUUCACAGUACUUAGCUAAAGUAUAAUAAAAUUCAAUAUUGUGUAGGAAAAUAGAAUUGCUUAGAUAUUAAAUAAUUCAGAGAUGCCGUCCUUACUGAAAACAACAAGUAACUAUCCGUUAACAUAAAAUAUAAAUCUCCUUUUACUAGAGUUGUCUUCCAUCGAUGCUAAUAAUUUCUUCAGUUGCGUCCCUUCAAUAUAAUUUUCUAAUCUUAGUUUGGUUAUGUGUUUGCAUCACAUAAAUAGUUGUUUUGCAUUUAAAAUUGUCUUAGGCAGCCACUUUACCAGCCAACGUCGUCUCCCUCAAACAACUAAAUAAUACGAAGAAAACAUUCAAUAAUCACGACCUAGAUAAACUACUUGAAUUAAAAUAGUUUUGACCAUGUCAAUUGAAGCUGAACGGAGAGUAAACAAUGUUCAUCACCUGGCUUUUUAGUCUGAUUUGUAAUAUUUUACACCCAAGUAUUCACUGAUUAUUUGUCUGUUUUAAGUGUGGGAUGGAGAUAUUAGUGUGUACCAGACUGAACCACAUAUGGAAGUACCAUGUUUGGGUCACAUGUUACCUUCUAAUAUUUUGUCUAUAUAUAUAUAUGUGUAUGUAAUAUAAUAUUUCUGAAUCUUCAGAUUUUUCUAUAUGCUAGACCACUGGUUUUAAAUUGAUAUUAAUUAAAUUACUAUUCAAGUUUUCACCCUUAUUAUUUUAAAUUUAUAUAUACAUAUAUAUAUAUAUAUGAUCAGACUGAGCUGGCCAAUGCUAGCACUGAUGUCAUAGGAGUUAAUAAAUAGUUGCUAAUAUAAGUGUUAGACAUUGGAGUUGUAAGCUACUUUAACAGGUGACUGUCAGAAAGCCAUGAAAGGAGUGAGUGAACUGUUGCUCUAGUGUUAUCAGACAUUUAUUUUACAUAUUAAACACUCUCACCAAGUGCAGCUGUUUCUGCAACUAAUAAGAGAUAAUUCCUGUAAAUUACAACAGAAAGAUUGUCCAGAUAGUGUCACAAUCAGAAAUCUUUUUUUUUUUUUUGUUACUUCCACCUUCACAGUGAAUGUGUGUUUUAAUGCUACAAGCAGUGGUGCUAGAACUGUGUGUAUGUGUGUUUUUCAGCCAAGACACAGCAAUGGUGCUAAGUUAGAUGACUUGUAAAUAAUAUAUUUGUAAAGUUCAAUGUUUGGAAAUUUCUCAUAUCUUUGUAUUUUCAUCUCAACAAAACUUUUGCAAUUUUUUUUUUUUUUUCUUGAAGUUUGAAGUGCCUACCACCCUUGCUGUCCUAUUUAAAUACAUAUUUGGUGCUAUUGAAAAAAUAUCACACUCUUAGUUGAAACCUACCUGAAAUUAUCUGCAUAGAUGUCUUCCCUCCAUCACUGUGUGCUGCAAAUGUUAACACAAUGCACUUCCUAACCUUUACACCAAACACACUCCUUUGAUUUUCAUCACCAACCCUCCACCUCCAAGGACUAUCUUAAAAUACUCUGUAGUAUGACACAAACUAUCUCUCUAACCAUCUCUGUACUUAGUUUUCUUUUGUUCUGUCACAGCCAACAACUUCAAAUUAGUGUCAUGAAAGGCACAGUUCACAGCACUCACCAAUGUUAUCAAAGAUAUUAAAUGUCUUAAACAUUGUGUUGAGAAUUUGAUU